UCGCGUUAUUGCUGCCACGGGCAGCGUCCCACGACCUUUGCCCUGAGAUAAUAUGCCGCGGCCUCAAACUACAUCGCUAAUCGGAAAAGGAAUAUGGCCACACGAGAGCCUACUGCGGGUAUUCUGCUCGCUGUGUUCGUUGCAGUGCUUUCCACCCAUCCUCAGAAUGCUCCAUAUCACGAGAUUCACCAGCCAAAUGCGCGCUGUGCUUUGGGGACCAUCUGGCCAACUACAGAGGUUUAUAAAGACUGCAGCGUUUAUAAAGAACUCCAGCGCCGCAAGAAACCUGUCUCAAGUAAUGCUUUCAUAUCAGAUAAUGUUAGAUUUAAGUCUCAUAAUGUACAAGUUAGCCACCCAGAAAAUGGUACUCCUCCAAACCUUUUACCAUCCUACGCCCAGGCUACUGCAGGCCUAUCACAAAACCUUCCGACACUCGAAUCAGCCCCUAAUAUAAAUUCUACAAUUACAAAUUUCCUAGCAGAUUUCAAAACUCUUAUAAAUCCUCUAAUCUCUCUUCUCACGAAAGUCAUUUCCAGUCUUCUAGAUAAAAAAAAUGAAUAAUGCUUUUACAAAUAAAUCCCUCCUUACA